GCUCCUGAAGCCACACUGCCACCGUCUCAAGGCUGUUGUUAAUUGAGGCAGAAGUGUGAUCGAGUUCAGAAAGAAUCUCAUCGGCAAGAGGCAGACAAUGGUGCCGAGUCAUAAUGGUGUGUCGUAAAGGCAUGACACACUCCCGGAGACUGUUUCAUAUCUGGUCACCUGGUAUGAAGAUUGAUUACUUACUCUGCCCAUGUGGUCUCGAAGAUGCCAAAAAUGUAUCCAGCUGGCCAGAAGAGUUUGGAGAAAGAAUGUCAACAUGAAGAGGAUGUCUCUGAAAAGAGGAACAAAAGAAAGGGUAGGACUAACAUUCAGAGACCCCGCAAAAUCAUAAACCGUAUCAAGGUGAGAGACUGUAAUCCUCAAUAUAUGGGCCCAGAUGAAGACUUAAACAGAUUGGGCUCCAGUUUGGGCAGACGCUGCUACUUGAAGGACAGUAAUGCCCACAAGCCGUCAGAAUCCUCAAAGACUAACACAGUGAGGCCCGAGAAGAAAUUGUGUCCAAAUCAAACUGGAGAAGAUUUUCAAGAGAAUGACAACUUGUCCUUUCUUCAGAGUCGUCCACAAAUUAAACAACCUGAUAAGAAUAGGAAGAAACUGGCAUCUGCAACAAAGAACUUGGUAACGGCCUCUCAGCACCCUAGAUUUCAGCCUGUUGUGAAGCUAACAAGGAUCGAUGCCAUCAAAUCUCAAGGAGUGUACAAUAUAAAUCCAAUCCGCCAACAGUGUGUGAGAACAUUUAAAUACAAAUUGAAUUCUAAAGAUAAUGGAGGGAUUCAUGGGAGUAAGAAACUGUAUCACUGUCUUGAAGGUGGGAGACAAUUCUCAGAUAGUCACAUGCCUAAGAAAUGCAGAGAAGAUAAUACAGGGAUGGAGCCAUACCAACGUUCUGAAUGUGUUAAGAACUCUUCAAAACACAGCCAUACCACAAUUUCCAUUGUAGAGAAACCACAUUUGUCUAAACGUGGCAAACGAUUCUCACAAGUGAGCCACCUUCAGACACACAUGAUUGGUCAUGGAGGACAGGGUUUAUGUCAUUGUUUACCACAUGCUGGGCAUUUCUUUAACAGGAGCAGUCUUUGCAAACACAAAAGAAUUCACACUGGAGAGAAACCAUAUUGUUGUUCUGAAUGUGGCAAACGGUUCUCAAAAACAAGCCAUCUUCAGACACACAUGAGAGUGCACACAGGAGAACAGCCAUUUUCCUGUUCUGAAUGUGGCAAACGGUUCUCACAAACAGGCCAUCUUCAGCAACACAUGAGAUUGCACACAGGAGAACAGCCAUUUUCCUGUUUUGAAUGUGGCAAACGAUUUUCAAGUAGCAGUAAUCAUUUGAGGCAUUUAAGAGGUCACACUGGUGAGAAGCCCUAUUGCUGUCCUGAAUGUGGCAAAAGAUUUUCCAACACAAGCAAUCUUCUGCGUCAUGCAAGAGUCCACAAUAAAGACCAUCCUUAACCCUUUAACCGCCAACUUCCUAAAUAUUCCCCAUGCCAGGAGAAAUCUGAACAAUUUUCGUAUUUUUACUUUACAUUUAUUCAAGCAGUAUUUACCUGCUGAAAUACCUGCUGAAAUGUUUCAAAUAAAUGGUCAAUCAAAGGACGUAGCUUGAACAAGCGGUCACGGUUUGGAUCUUUCUUAUCUGGCUCAGAUAACGGGCAGCAGUCCAGUUGAGAUGCUGGGGAUACACCCACUCAUCGCCAUCAUCCGAUGCGUCGUCAUUCACAGUAUCAUGCAGCGCACGUUGCUGAUCAUCAUUGUCGCUAAAAUCUUCUUUAGAACUGCUACAAUCACGAUCAGAAUUAUUGUCCAAAAUCGCCUGCAAAACCUCACUUGAAGUCAGUUUAUGUUUCGCCAUAUUCACAGCUUUCACUUUCGAAUCACAUCACAUGAGAAGCCAAUACAACCGCAGAGUUGUCAAAAUACAAUGUAGUAAUAAUACCUACGCCAAACUGUCAGUUAUACUACGCGCCAGGCAUUCACAUAACCACAGGCAAAUGUGCCGGAUAAUUCCGGCAGUAAGGCGUCAGCAAUAACGCUACGAUGCCGGAUAUAUCCGGCAGAGGGUGGUUAAGAGGUUAAGCCUGUUCUGAAUGUGGCAAGAAAUUCUCCCAAAGAGGCAGUCAUAAUAGACAUAUAAGAACACACAUUUGAUAGAGGCCAUACUCGUUUCCUGAUUGUGACAAGCUAUUCACCGAUAACAGCAGCCUUCAUAGACACAACAGAAUUCAUUCUGGGUUACGGCCAUAUUGUUGCUCUGAAUGUGGCAAGCGAUUCAUACAAUCCUUCAGUCUUCAUCGACACAUAAGAACUCACAGAGGAGAAAAGCCAUACCGUUGCUCUAAGUGUGGAAAAACAUUCAUACAGAAAACUCCUCUUCAGAGACACAUGAAAAUUCAUGCUAAAAAGGCAAAGUCCAAAGAGACUGUAAAUAACAAAGAGAAAAAUCUGAAAUAAUUCAGUCAGGUGUGGAAAGAAAAUUGGAAUUGCUCUGCUAGUUGGUUACACAGAAUGCAUUUGACUAAAAUUGGCAGACUCAUUUAGGCAACCCUGCUUAUUAAUUUACUGUAAGUGGCUUUUGCACUAAUGACUAUUGCACAUUGUACACAGGUCUACUUUACAAGUUCUAAUGUUAUUUUUCUUAUGUUAGUUAUACGUCUAUACUUUUUUAUAUUUUAUUGUACUACGAAGUUGAGAGAGAAACCGUAUUUUGAUUCUCCUGUAUGUUCUGCACAUAUAGUGAAUUGACAAUAAAAGGGUAUUUGAUUUGA